AUGAUAAAUUCUUAUUGGGCUUCUAUCUUCCUGCACUCUUUUGUCGAGUUCAUAGCACCAGGAGUCUCUGACCAUUGCAUGUCUCUAACAUGGCUAUUCAAAGAAGUUCCUGUUAACAAGUCAAAGCCUUUUAAAUUCUUCAAUUUUUGGGCUGCUCAUCCAACCUUCAUAAAAGUAGUAAGUCAAUCUUGGCUCCAACCUGCUCAUGGUAAUCCUAUGCAAAUUCUCCUUACGAAACUUAAAAGACUCAAACAGUGUCUUACGAGAUUUAAUAAGGAGAAUUACAACAUGCUCUCAGAUCGAGUCAAGGUUAAAAGAAUUGAGCUGGAAAAUCAACAACUUCUCACUUUAAAGGGACAAGAAACUAUCGAGAAGGAACUUCUUUUACAAGAAGAGUUGUAUACUUUGGAAGCUGACGAAGUUGCGUUCCUUAACCAAAAGGCAAAAGUGCAGUGGAUUAAAUAUGGGGAUAAAAACUCCAAAUUUUUCCAUUCAACGAUUGCUUUUAAAAACAAGAGGGAUACUAUUCGCGUUCUUGUUGAUGAUCAAGGCAAUAGAUUGGAGUCCUUUGAAGCAAUGUCGAAAGAAAUUAUCUCAUUUUACUCUAAUCUGAUUGGAACAGCCGACAACAUGGUCAAAGAUGUCGAUCCUAACCUUCUUAAAGAUCUUCUCAAUUACUCAUUUCCUUAUCAAGCUUCAUCAAGCCUUUUUUCUUUAAGAACUCUUGGAAUAUAG